AAAGGCAUUCUGCAUACAUCAAUCUAUUUACUAUACAAAGUAAUCCUACAAGGUAAAUGCUAUUAUUAUCCCUAUCUUACCGGUGCAGAAACGGAGACAUGGGUAACAGUUAAUAAAUGUCUGAGGUACCAUUUGAACCCAAGCUCUCCUAAUUUCAAGGUCUGGGUUGUAUCCCUGUGAUGCUGCCGAGAAAACAAGAUUUAGGGUUUAUUCUUUUUUUGGUGGUUGUUGUUGUUGUUUUUUCCUUUCAGAUUUUAUCAGAAGUUUCAGUAACCGCCUUUUUCCUACUAACUAGUAGUAAGUGCGCCCGCCCGUGUUUUUUACACAUGCGCCCUAGCUUCUUUUAUAUGAUAAUUCCCAAUUUAAAUACAGAAGCGAGCUUUGUGUACUUCGCGUCCCACCUAGAAUCUGGAGGCUUUCAUCUCUUUCCCUUUCCUCUCCCUCUCCCUCAGAUCGCUUAAAUCCUCCAUCCUACUAAGGAGUCACUUAGGCAAUGCUUUUCCGAGCUGCGUCACCCCGGGAGAGGAGUACACUAGUUGCUGUCUCCCAAUCUUGUAUUUUACUAACAUUCCAAAUUCAGGGGCCCCAUCUUCCCGCUCCCCCCACACACACCCAAGCCCCACCCCGCCUUCCCCCCACCCCCUCCGCAGCAAAGCAUCGAAACAGCUGAUUGCUGACUCAGAAGGGGUGGAGGAGGAGGAGGGAGGGCGAAAAAACCCCCAGCGAAUCUCAUUGCAGCUCUCUGCUGCAUCCCUAUCCCACAAUGCUUUGCCCUCUUUGCUGCAGUCUUUUCAAUACAAGCUGAGUGAGAGAAAGAUGUACUCAAUAAAGAUUGAUUGGUCUGAAUCCUGAAGGGGGUCUCCCACUUGUUAAUGCCCCAGAAAAAAAAAAAAUUCAUGACGACUUCACUGGGGCUCCUCUUGUUUCCUCCAUUUUUCUUUUCAUCUGUCCUCUUCAUGGAUUGGAGCAUCACUACAUGUAGAGUCCAAGCUAGGCUCUGUCGCUAAGCAUGGCUGUGCUGCAUGGUAGGGCAUUUUAAGCACUGCUUCCAAACUUGAGACAUUAGCAGGAAUAUGCUUUGUUCCUUUGGAUUAUUGCGGAGCUAACUGCAGCCACAGCCCUUGGGAGGAUUUAAUACUUUACUUCGUUGAUUAUUCUAUUUAUCUACAGCGAUGGCAGCAUCGUGCAGGGUAAAAGGAAUCAGGACCCUUAUGCCAAUGGUCUAGGAUGGCCAGUGAAGGUUCUAACAUCCCCAGUCCUGUGGUGCGGCAGAUUGACAAGCAGUUUCUGAUUUGCAGUAUAUGCCUGGAACGUUACAAGAACCCCAAGGUACUUCCCUGUCUGCACACUUUCUGUGAGAGGUGUUUGCAGAACUACAUCCCAGCACACAGUUUAACCCUGUCGUGCCCCGUGUGCCGCCAGACCUCCAUCUUGCCAGAGAAAGGGGUUUCAGCACUCCAGAACAACUUCUUCAUCACAAACCUGAUGGACGUGCUGCAGCGAACACCAGGCAGCAAUACCGAGGAGUCUUCCAUCCUGGAGACAGUCACAGCUGUGGCUGCGGGAAAACCUCUUUCUUGUCCCAACCAUGAUGGAAAUGUGAUGGAAUUUUACUGCCAGUCUUGUGAGACUGCCAUGUGUCGAGAGUGCACAGAAGGGGAGCACGCCGAACACCCCACUGUCCCACUCAAAGAUGUGGUGGAACAGCAUAAAGCUUCCCUUCAAGUCCAGCUCGAUGCUGUCAACAAGAGGCUCCCAGAGAUAGACUCUGCGCUUCAUUUCAUAUCUGAAAUCAUCCACCAGUUAACCAACCAAAAGGCUAGCAUUGUAGAUGACAUCCAUUCCACCUUUGAUGAGCUCCAGAAGACUCUCAAUGUGCGCAAGAGUGUGCUGCUUAUGGAGCUGGAGGUGAAUUAUGGCCUUAAACACAAAGUCCUUCAAUCACAACUGGAUACUCUGCUGGAGGGACAGGAGAACAUCAAAAGUUGUAGCAAUUUUACUGCUCAGGCCCUCAACCAUGGCACUGAAACAGAAGUCUUGCUAGUUAAAAAACAGAUGAGUGAGAAGCUCAAUGAACUUGCUGAUCAAGACUUCCCUUUGCAGCCCCGGGAAAAUGAUCAGCUUGAUUUCAUUGUAGAGACUGAAGGACUUAAGAAAUCUAUUCACAACCUGGGGACUAUUUUAACCACCAAUGCUGUGGCCUCUGAGACAGUUGCUACAGGUGAAGGCCUGAGGCAGACUGUGAUUGGACAGCCCAUGUCCGUCACUAUAACAACUAAGGACAAAGAUGGAGAGCUGUGCAAAUCUGGGAAUGCUUAUAUCACUGCUGAACUGAGUACUCCUGAUGGCAGUGUGGCCGAUGGAGAAAUACUUGACAAUAAAAAUGGUACUUAUGAAUUCUUAUAUACUGUACAGAAGGAAGGAGAUUUUACUCUCUCCCUGAGACUCUAUGACCAGCAUAUUCGAGGCAGCCCAUUUAAGCUUAAAGUGAUUCGUUCAGCAGAUGUGUCUCCUACAACUGAAGGGGUCAAGAGGCGUGUUAAGUCUCCAGGAAGUGGUCAUGUGAAACAAAAAGCCGUGAAAAGACCUGCAAGUAUGUACAGCACUGGAAAAAGAAAAGAAAAUCCCAUUGAAGAUGAUUUGAUCUUUCGAGUAGGUACCAAAGGAAGAAAUAAAGGAGAAUUUACAAAUCUUCAGGGGGUAGCUGCAUCUACAACAGGAAAGAUAUUAAUUGCAGACAGCAACAAUCAAUGUGUGCAGAUAUUUUCUAAUGAUGGCCAAUUCAAAAGUCGUUUUGGUAUAAGAGGACGGUCUCCUGGCCAACUACAGCGGCCAACAGGGGUAGCUGUUCAUCCUUGUGGGGAUAUAAUCAUUGCAGAUUAUGAUAAUAAAUGGGUUAGCAUUUUCUCUUCUGAUGGAAAGUUUAAGACAAAAAUUGGAUCAGGAAAGCUGAUGGGACCAAAAGGUGUGUCUGUGGACCGCAACGGACACAUCAUAGUGGUGGACAACAAAGCAUGCUGUGUGUUCAUCUUCCAGCCCAAUGGGAAAAUCGUGACCAGGUUUGGUAGCCGAGGAAAUGGGGACAGGCAGUUUGCAGGUACACUCGAUGGCCCUCAUUUUGCAGCUGUUAACAGCAACAACGAAAUUAUUGUUACAGAUUUUCAUAAUCAUUCAGUCAAGGUAUUUAAUCAAGAAGGAGAAUUCAUGUUAAAAUUUGGUUCUAAUGGAGAAGGCAAUGGACAAUUCAAUGCCCCAACAGGGGUAGCAGUGGAUUCAAAUGGAAAUAUCAUUGUAGCAGACUGGGGAAACAGUAGAAUCCAGGUUUUCGAUGGGAGUGGAUCAUUUUUAUCCUACAUUAAUACGUCUGCUGAUCCACUUUAUGGUCCUCAAGGCUUGGCUUUAACUUCGGAUGGUCAUGUUGUAGUGGCAGACUCUGGAAAUCACUGUUUCAAGGUCUAUCGAUACUUGCAAUAACAUCAGGCAUCUGAAUAACCCUACGCCACCGUCCUGUACUAUAACCUGGAUUGGAUUUCUCCAUGCAGAAGCUAAUUACAGCUAGAUUGAGUUCAUUUUCAUGUCUGAAAGAAUCUCCAUCGGAUUUGUUCACGGUUGUUUUCAAAUGUAACUGUUUACUUAAGACUAUAAGACUGCUCCUCUGAUUUCCAUAAUUCAUCUUUAGUGUUUAAAAAAAGAAAACUCUUUCCCCAAAUCCUUUAAAAUAGCAGAAUCUCAAACCUGCGAACUUUGGCUGGUAGAACAGAAAUUUAUGUCGCUGAUGACUCGUUUUGCGAAUCAAACAAACCAACAUUUUGGAAAAGCUAAAAUAUUGAAGACGUUUAUUCAACCUGUGAAUGGUAGCUUUUGCUCAGAGCUUCCACAUACAAAACUUACUGUAGGUAUAUGUUAUUUAACUCAGAUGUAAAAUCUGGGAGUGUUUUAGACCUCAGCUUUCAUGGUAUGUAUUACUCGUGGCAUUCUUCAGUCAUCGUCAUCGGCAACUAUAACUAAAUAGGUUCCUUUUACAAAAUAAGGCUGCCUUGCAAAAUCCUUAUUGCUCUGAUUGUCGGGAUCAAGAUGCCUUGAUAUUAGCACUAUAAGAAUCAAUGCAAAUUUCCCAUUUAUUUGGGAACAGAUCAAAGACCUUUUCUGUGUGUUCUUUUCACCUUCUUUUGCUCACCUGGUAGCAGAACACAAAGUAUGCUUGCAGGAGGGGCACCUGAUAUUCCUAAGGCUUUGAAAUCAUUGUCACACUAUAGUAGUUAAUGCUACCUUUCAAUAAACAAAUAAUCCCAUUAAUACAAAAUGAACAUAUUGGGUUGUAAUAAGAAAAAAAAGCCAGUUCUUCCAUGUGUGCCAUGCUCCCAACUUUAUCCUUUGGUCACUCCACAAAAAUAUUAUCUCUGCCUUCCUCAACCCAUCAGCACAAAUGGUAGAACACAUAGUAGCGCCUAGGACAGAGAGCCAUACAAGUAGCCCUUGAAGGACAUGGGGUGGUCAGCCAAAGGUAUGUAAGUGAUCGAUGAAUGGUUUCAGCAUUCAAAGCAAGUGUUACCAAAGUUGUGUUACCUUGAGAACAUUACAGGUAAGAGCAUAUUAUGGUUAUUUAUCGCUGUCUGAUGAAUAGAAAGGUUAAGGGAUUCUGUAUACAUGGUUAUAGGAUAAGGUAGAGUGUAUUAUAUAUAUAUACAUAUAUACAUAUAUAUAUAUAGCCAAGUAUUUGAUGAUGUAUUGAAGUAGGCAGCACCCUGAAAGAGGAGACCAUCCUCAUAUUAGUCUUUUGGGUACAUUCCUUUAUUUCCCAACUUAAUUCAAUCAUGGUAAACAAUCCCUUUUUUGGAAACUUCUAAAGAAGACCAAUUUGGGCCAUUUUUCCCUAAUGGUGGCAAUAGCCACCUUUUCGUUAAAAAGAAAACUUUUGCAAUUUUUGAAACAUAGGAAACAGUUCAACUCAAGGUUAAUCCAUCUUAAGCAAUACUUUCAGCAUAAUUAGCUCAAUGGUUAGAAGUAUCACCAUUAUUUUUUAAAAUAAUACUGUUAUCCUCUCUUAAUUUUCUAUUCAGUUACAGUCAAGAUGGUAUCUAUAUGAAAGAAUAUUUGGGAGGGUUUUUUUAAGCACCUUAGAUUUUUUUAUUUUUUAAAAUCUCCCAUCUGUACAACUAUUUGAAAAUUAUGUUUAUGGCUUUUUGUUUUAAGAACUAAUCAGUUAUCUUACAGAAAAUUUUUCUUUUCUUUCUUCUUCCUUCUUCUUUUUAUCUUUCUUUAACCAUUUUACUCCAACCACUGAGCUUAGUAAAAGAGUAAUUUUUUUUUUUAAAGGGAGAUGUACUUUGAGGUUUGGUACCUCUUAUUUAGGUGGAAUUUCUAAACUUUGUCUUUGUUUUGAGCCUACAAGAUAGUUGUAAAAUUCAAUAAAAACUUUUCAGAAUGUUCAACCACAAUACUUUUUUCCAGAAUAUGGGCAGCAAGCCUACAACUUUGACUUUGGUUUGUCCUAAUACUCUGCAGGUCAGGGAGGACAGACUCACCACAGUUAUCACAUUGUUUUUAUGCCUCAAAAUGGGUACAAUUAAAUUAACUUUAGUUUAUCCCAGAAUAUAAGAGAAAAACAAAGCCUUUAUAUUAAGCAUUUUUCACAGGCUUUCAGUCUUAGGAAUAUUUUGCUUAAAGAGAAUUUUCUAUUUGUAUAAGAUUUGAAUUAUGUUCAUGAACUAAGAAAACAUUAAAUCCAACUAUUCAUUUCACUUCUGAUAUGGAGUACUAAUCCUGGAUCUAAGCAAUGCUUUUUACCUGGCUUAAUACUACCUGGAAGAACCUAAAUGCUUGUUUAGGCCCCUUGGCUUUGUUUAUAUUCAAUUGCAAUAAUAGUACAAACUGGAAUGGAAUUUACUAGAAACUAAUUCUGAUCUGUCCCACAAUCUAAAUGUUGCUUAAAAAAAACAUAUCUUUUGGGCACUCCAGGAAACACUUAAGUUUUAAAUAUAUAUAUAUUUAUACUUGUAUGUUGAAAUAUAGAUAUCAUUUCCUCCUUGAUGUACAUGUGUGCAUUUACUGUAUCCCUUUUCCCUGAAACAUAUUCUAAAAGUGCUUCUAAUCAAAUACUAAUGAGCAAGAUUUAAAUGUAUAACUGUCACAUCCUACACAAAGUCAAACUAUUUUUGGUAUGCUAUGCGAAAGAUUUGGAGAGAUGUUAGGACCCUAGGGUUCUUUGUUUUUUUCAUUGUCAAGUAUACAGAACCUGUCAUGUGAUAAUGAUGAGGUUACUUAAAGAGCCACAAAUUUAGAUCUUUCCCCCUUUCUCUCCCCCAACCCCCCACUUAGAAUAAAACCUUGCCAGUAACUAAUAAGAAGUCAAUGAAUAAAGCAAUCUACCAUAGUCAUCCUACAGAACAACCCUGCUUGACACAGGGAGACCAAGCUGUCACUUGGUUAAUCAGAAACUCUUGGAUUACAAAGCUUCCAAAAACAAAUGUUUGAAGACCAAAGUGUGAAAAAUCUGCAUUUUUUUCUUUUAAGAAACUUGGUAUUUUUGUCCAAAUGUUUUCCAGUAAUUGAACAACUCCCCCCCUACCCCAGUUGCUCAUCUUUAGUUGACUCCUUUUGUUAACCACUAGUCGGUUGUCAAAAGUUCCUGUUCUAAGUGCUAUUGACUUUACAGGGUAUGUAUAAUCUAGUUGACUAGAAUACCAGCUGAGAAGUUGGUCUGGUGGAGCACCAGCAAUGCAAGGCUUUAAUAUGGAGGCUUUAAAGGGCUUAGCAGGCUGUACUGGGGAGACUCUAACUAGGAGAAAUGGUUAGGAUCCUGUCCCAUCCAUUCUGAUCCCUAGUUCCUAAAAGAAUGAAGAAGAAAAUGAAGGGAAAAUGCACAUUUAUUUCAAUCAUACACAGGUAUUCAUGAAUUUUUACAUAGGUUAAAAUUUCAGCAAUUUUGCUGCAAAUGUUUCAUGGUAAACAUUUGUUGCAAAUUUCUGAUAUUUCUUCAAAACAUGAUGCUGUCAAUACCAUUUGCAGGGCUUUAAAUUUUAUAUUUUUGUUAAUAUUUUUUAUAACAAAGGAUCUAGUGUUGCCAUAAUGGAAAUGAAGUGCCCAUUAAAGAUGUGUUUAUUAUAAAGAAA